GACUAAACAGAAGUAAUUGUGAACUUUCUAAGUGUUGCUAUGUCGAACUUGGCGACCGGAGAAUAAUCAAAUCAAAUUUAAUUUCUUUACCAUUCGCUUUUAAUGUCAAUUUAAAAUAUGGUCAAACGAGUUCGAAGAGAAGAAGAUGUCAACGAUUAAAACGUAACUGCACCGAUGCAGAAUGUCGAAUUUGAACAAGCGUGCGAACAUUGUAAAUAGUGCUAGAGUAAAGUGAAGCAAAGUAGAGUAUUCUAGAUUAUGAAAGCCUUUCACUGGCCCCACCUGAAGGUGGUAUAAAAGCAACGGGAACCACCAAGGUUUGAUCAGUUCACAUCUGACACUUGAAUCAAAAAUCACCACGAUGAAAUUAAAAAUUAUUGUUGGAAUACUGAUGAUGUUUGUGGGUACAACUUUCGCGGGUUUCUCAUCCAGUGGUCAUGACGGUGGCGAUCAUGGUGGUGGAGGCGGAGGAGGCGGCGGUGGCGGAGGUCAUUUUGAUUUUUCACAAUUUGAAAGCCACCAAGAAGAACACCAUGAAAUCCCAACAAAAACAGUAGAAUAUUCCAAACCAGUUCAUGUUCCAGUAGUCAAAAAGGUUGGAAUCCCAGUUCCUCAUCCAGUCGGAGUGCCAGUACCUCAAGUAAUCAAAGUACCAGUCCCACAACCAUACCCGGUUCAUGUCCCGGUGCCGCAACCCAUUGCAGUACCAAUUUAUAAACUGGUACCUCAAGAAAUUGAGAAAAAAGUGCCCAUCACCGUGGAGAAACCAGUGCCGGUCCACAUUGAGAAACCAUACAAAAUUGAAAUUGAAAAACAUCAUCCUGUCCAUGUGCCCAAGCCGUACCCAGUUCACGUACCUGUCUACAAACACGUCUACCAUCACAUACCAAAACACCAUGGAGGCGGUGGUGGACAUGGUGGUCAUGGAGGUGGCGGACAUGGAGGCGGCGGACAUGGUGGCGGUGGACAUGGUGGUUGGCAUUAAGUCCUCUACGACCUUCGCAUAACAAUGGAAUGAAUGGAACUAACGGAACAAAGAAAAACGCCAAAUAACGCCCGCAACAUACAGUGUGUCCCGUCGGAGGUUGAAUGCAAAGGUGAAAGGGAAGUUGGAUGGUUGGAAAUUGAAAGGUGCGACCAUGAAAGUUUUCUUUUUUUAUAUCGCUCGGCUUUUCUUUCACUUUUGUGUACGACUCCGACGUGCACGCUUUAUGUUGUUCUAUCUUGCCAUCUUGCCAUCAAACGUAAAAAAAGAUGAAAACGUAAAAAGGCCGUCCAAGUCACGAUCCAUUGUCAUAGACAUCGCACGAUCGUUGGAAACACGCGCAGUUUUCAUCGCAAUUUUCACAUCGUAAUCGUCUAUUUCGCAUCACACAUCGUACCGCAUCAUCAUCAUUGCCAGGCAAUCAACUUUUAACCAAAUGAUUUUUAAUUAGUUUGAUAAGUGUUUUUAUUGUUGUUUAUUGUUUUGUUACAAGAGAAUGGAGAGCGUGGAGCGUAGCAAAACGCUGGUUUUAUUGUUGUGUAAUUUUAUUAAUUCUUAUGAUAAUUUGUUAAUUAUUUAAUGUUUUUCCGCUUUGCUGGGUCUUUCUUUAAGACCCAAGACUUUCCAUUUCGUUGCUACAAAAUAUAGAAAAUUGAGUGCAAAUAAAA